CGGAGCCAGGCGCCGCGCGCGCCCUGCUGAGGAGCCAUGGGCAACGAAGCGAGCCUGGAGGGCGACGUCCCGGCCGGCGUGGACGCGGACCUGAGCCGGCUGAGCGCCGAGGAGCGGAGCCAGAUCGCCGCCGUGCUGUCGCGGGCGCAGGCGCUGCCGCCGGGCGCCGCGGAGCCGCCGUCACCUCACAGGAAACAAGAGUUGGAUAGUAGUCAGGCCUCAAAGCAACCUGGGAAGCCUCCAGACCCAGGGCGUCCUGUUCAGCCUGGUCUCAGUAAGAGCAGAACCACAGACACUUUUAGGUUGGAGCAGAAAUUGCCUGGAAGGAGCCCUUCCACUAUUAGUUUGAAAGAAUCCAAAUCCAGAACUGAUUUUAAGGAAGAGCACAAGUCCAGUAUGAUGCCUGGUUUCCUCUCAGAAGUUAACCCUUUAAGUGCUGUCUCCUCUGUUGUAAAUAAAUUCAACCCUUUUGAUUUGAUAUCAGACUCUGAGACAUCCCAGGAAGAAACCAACAAGAAACAAAGAAUAGCUCAGAAGGACCAAGGAAAAUCUGAGGGAAUCACCAAACCUCCAUCACAGCAGUCACCCAAACCAGUUCCUAAGCAGCAAGGACCUGCCCGGGAUCCCCGUCAACAGGAAGGCUCUCCCAAACCAGUCCCUUCCCAGCAAGCUGAGAAAGUCAAACCACAGCCUUCUGCAACAGGAAUGCCAGCUCAGGGGCCUGUGCUACCACCUCAGACAGAUCUGGCAAAGUUGUCACUUCAGCGUGAGGCAGCCAAGCCUCAGGCUAAGCAGCCAGACUCAGAGCAGGGAGUGGCAGUUAAACCCUCUCAGCAGAGCCCAUCCAAGCCACCUAUGCAGCAGGCAGGUCCUGGGAAACCUCCAGCCCAGCAGCCUGGGCCUGGAAAACCAGCAGUCCAGCAGCCAGGGCUAGCAAAGGCCCUUGGACUACAACCAGGAACAGUGAAGCCCCCGGCCCAGCAGCUAGGGACCCCAAAAUCUACUGCUCAGCAGCCUGCACCACAGUCUCCAGCCAAGACGCCAGGGCCUACAAAGCUUCCAGCUCAGCAGCCAGGUCAAGCAAAGUCUCCAGCUCAGCAGCCGGGUCAGACAAAGCCUUCUGCUCAGCAACCAGGCCCAGCGAAGCCCCAAACUCAGCAGCCUGGCCCAGGAAAACCCCCAGCUCAACAUCCUGGCCUAGCAAAGCCCCCAACUCAGCAGCCAGGCCCAGCAAAACAUUUAGCUCAGCAGCUUUCAAAACCAGUCCCGGGGAAACCUUCACAACCACCACCAAGUUCUCCAUCUGUAACUCAGAUUCCAGUACAAGACUCCUCUAAAACCAUCUGUCCUCUUUGCAACACCACUGAACUUCUGUUGCAUGUUCCAGAAAAGGCCAAUUUUAACACAUGCACUGAGUGUCAAACCACUGUCUGUAGCCUCUGUGGUUUUAAUCCAAAUCCUCACUUAACUGAGGUGAAGGAGUGGCUCUGUUUAAACUGUCAGAUGCGAAGAGCUCUAGGGGGGGAGUUAGCUCCUAUGCCACCAUCACCCCAGCCCAAGCCCAAGACCACCUCUGUGAUGCUCCCAGCAGCUGUGAGCAAACCCACCCCACAGGCCCCGCAGGCCUCCCCAAAGAAGGAUCUCGCAGCCAAGCAGGAUGCUGCCACAGCCCCUGAGUCCAGGAAGCCCCCGCCACUUGUGAAGCAGCCGACCCUGCACGGUCCUCCACCCUCCCCGGCCAUGCAGACUCCUGUGACAGAGCCUUCCUUGAAGCCAGGACCCUCACCCGAACAGGCCAAGGCCCCCACCACUGACCACAAACCAAAGCAGCCCCUGACAGGAAGGCCCACUGCAGAGGCUGAGUCUGCUGUGCCAGAAGCAGGCAAGCCUGACCUCUCUGACUCCCAGAUCCAGCCAGAGGAUCUAGAGAAGACAACUCCAACUAGGAUGGACUCUGCCAAGCCCUCCCAAAGCUUCCCACCAACAGGAGAGAAAGUUACCCCACUGGACUCCAAAGCCAUGCCUCGGCCUGUGUCGGAUUCAAAGAUCCUCUCACAUCCUGGGCUCAGCUCAGAGAGCAGAGAUCCAAAGAAAGUUGAUCCUGUUCAAAAGAAGGAGGAACCCAAGAAAGCACAAACCAAAAUGAGCCCCAAACCAGAUGCCAAGCCCAUGCCAAAAGGGUCACCAACACCCCCUAGCCCAAGACCUCCCACUGGCCAAACUGCACCCCCACCACUGCAGGCUUCAAAGCCUCAGGAGCAAUCUAGACGUUUCAGUCUCAGUCUAGGAAGUAUCACCGACACCCCGAAAUCCCAGCCCACAACUCCUCAAGACACUGUGACUGGGAAGCUCUUUGGGUUUGGGGCAUCCAUCUUCAGCCAGGCAUCAAAUCUAAUUUCCACAGCAGGCCAGCCUGGAUCUCAUUCCCAAGAUGGCCCAGCAGCCUCAGCUAAACAAACUGUUCCCCCAUCACAGCCUCCUGCUUCUCAGGGGCCCCCUAAACCCACAGGACAGGCACCAUCAGCACCUGUGAAGGUUGCCCUUGUGAAAAAGGAAACAAAAGCUCCAGUAGCUGAGAAGGUGGAGGCCAAGCCUGAAGCAACUCCUGCAAGGAAAAGACCAGAAGCAGAUAAGAAGCCACCCCCUGCCAAAGACAGCAGACCUCUAGCAUCUGAGCCUGAGCAGGCUGCACAGCUCCCCACACUGGGGAAAAUCCCCCAGCCCACACCGGUCUGUCCACUCUGCAAAACUGAGCUCAAUGUAGGUUCUCAGGGUCCUCCUAACUUCAGCACUUGCACGGAAUGCAAGAGUCAGGUGUGCAACCUGUGUGGAUUUAACCCUACACCCCACUUGGCUGAGAUUCAAGAAUGGCUGUGUUUAAAUUGCCAAACUCAGAGAGCAAUCUCAGGACAGCUUGGAGACAUGGGAAGAAUGCCCCCUGCACCCUCUGCACCCAAAGCAUCCCCUGUGCCUGGCCUUGCAGAACCUCCACCUCAGAAAGCAGUGGAGAAAGCAGUAGCCGCUGCUCAGGGAAAAGCGAAACAGAAGGAAGCAGAAGUAAAAACCGAGGCCGUAAAGCCCUCUCCAGAAAGAGUAAAAGCAACAGCUGCAAGUGAAAAGACUCCUAAGAUAUCCUCAGAUCUAAGAGAAGAGAGUAAGCUUGAGAAAGACGAAGUUUCAACCCUUCCAGGAAAAAAGCCACUGUCCAAAGAAGAAAAGCCCCUUUCAGAAGAGAGAAUGUUAACCACCAAAGAAAAGAAGCCACUUCCUGCAGAAAAGAAGCCAGCCCUUGAGGAAGAAAGGCCGAUGCCUGAAGACAAAAAGUUACUACGCCCAGAAUCAGAAGCACUGGCCCCAGAAGAGAAGGAACAGCAUCAGGUAGUGGAACCUCAAGCACAGGUUGCCCAAGAGAAACCCAGUGGCAGGGGUGCUCCUGAGACACCGCAAGUGGAGAAGCAACCCCAGGCCCAGACAGAAGCUUCACCACCAGGCCAGGCAGACACUUUGCCCGAGGAGAAGGCUCAGACAACUAUGGGGAAGGAGCAGCCACAGGCAGCAGGCUCAGCAAAACCUGAGCAGACAGAACCUAGGAAAGAAAAAGCAGACAAGGAAGAGGACAAGUCAGACACCUCCAGUUCUCAGCAGCCUAAAAGCCCACAAGGCCUGAGUGACACCGGAUAUUCUUCAGAUGGAAUAUCGGGGUCCCUUGGUGAAAUCCCAAGUCUGAUUCCUAGCGAUGAGAAGGACCUGCUCAAGGAACUCAAAAAGGACUCUUUUUCUCAAGAAUGCAGCCCACCCAGCCCCACAGACCUGGCCAAGCUAGAAAGCACCGUCCUCUCCAUUCUGGAGGCCCAGGCAGCUACCAGGGCUGAUGAAACCUCGGACAGGAAGAUGCAGCCCCGCGAGGUCUCUCCCGAGCAGCCCAGGGACUCACAGAAAGCUCCGCUGCCCUCCAAAGUCCCAGAGAGGCCUGCUGCCCAGGAGGAGCUCAAGGCAAGCCAGGAAGAAAAGAGAGAUGUUUCCAGGAAGGGGGCCCGGCAGGGCGUGCCCGGUGGCCAGGGUCCCUCUGAGAGGGCUAGGCUGGUGGGCGACAGUCGUGCCUCGCUGGAGGACAGCAGCGAAAGCGAAACCUCGCCAGUGCCAGCCAGGAAACGCCGGGCCAGCGUGGGCUCCUCCAGUAGUGAGGAGGACAAGCAGGAGGUCAGCGCGGGCUCUGGGGACGAGGAGGACUUCAUUCGCAAACAAAUCCUGGAGAUGAGUGCGGACGAGGACGCCUCAGGCUCGGAUGAUGACGGGGCGCUGCGACGACGGCGGCUGCCAGAGCCCGGGGCCCAAGAAGGCACAAGGGGCAGGGGCAGGGCUAUGGCCGGACGCCACCGCCGCCCCACACGCAAGCCCGGCCCUUGCUUGGAGGAGGAGGCGGGCCGCCGGCACUCGUGGCACGAUGAGGAAGACGAGGCCUUUGAUGACAGCCCCGAGGGCAAGGCCAGGGAGACCAAGAGCCAGGAGGGCGAGGAGCCAGCACCAGCUGGUGGGGGCCUGCGGCGCUUCAAGACCAUCGAGCUGAGCAUGGCUGAGCAGCGGCGCGCCGCGCUGUUCCCGGAGGAGGAGCCGGAACUGGAGAUGGAGAGCCUGACGGACUCGCCAGAGGACCGCUCGCGGGGCGAGGGCUCCUCCAGCCUGCACGCAUCCAGCUUCACGCCAGGCACCUCGCCCACGUCCGUGUCAUCGCUGGAUGAGGACAGCGACAGCAGCCCGAGCCACCGGCGGGGCGAGGGCAAGCAGCCGCGCAAGGCUCGGCACCGCAGCCACGGGCCCCCGCUGCCCACCAUCGAGGACUCCUCGGAGGAGGAGGAGCUACGUGAGGAGGAGCAGCUGCUGCGGGAGCAGGAGCGGCAGCGCGAGGUGGAGCAGCAGCAGCGUAAGGGCGCCGGCCGGAAGUCCAAGAAGGAUAAGGAGGAGCUGCGAGCGCAGCGCCGGCGUGAGCGGCCCAAGACACCGCCCAGCACGCUGUCACCCAUAGAGGACGCAUCUCCCACGGAGGAGCUGCGACAAGCGGCCGAGAUGCAGGAGCUGCAGCGCUCUUCCUGCUCUGAGUACUCGCCCAGCCUCGAGUCCGACCCCGAUGGCUUCGAGAUCAGCCCCGAGAAAAUCAUCGAGGUGCAGAAGGUCUACAGACUACCGGCUGCUGUGUCACUGCGCUCGCCCACAGAGGAACAGCCGGUGGGGCCAGAGGAAGAUGCCCGGAAGGCACCGAGGAGUGCCAAGGAGAUGUACGAAGACGUUGUGCACAGGCCACACAGGUACAGGGCGCUCCCAGCCACGGGUGAGCGGGAUGAGGCAUUCGAGAAGGAGCCACUGUAUGGCGGGAUGCUGAUUGAGGAUUACAUCUAUGAGUCGCUCGUGGAGGACGCACUCACGGGACCCACGAACGGCAGCGUCCUGGCGGGGCCCGAGGAGGAGCCUGGACUAGAGCUGCCGAGAGUGAGAGAGCCAAAGGCAGGGCUUCCAGAGCACAUUUAUGAGGACUCCAUGCAGAUCACGGACUUCCAGAAGGAGUUCUACGAGCUGGAGAGCUUGCACGUGGCUGUGCCUCAGGAGGACAUCGUGUCGAGCUCCUACAUUAUCCCUGAGAGCCACGAGAUAGUGGAUCUGGAUACGCUGGUGACGGCCACCAGUGAGGAGAAAGAAUUGCUGGAUGCUGAUGCUGCCUAUGAGCAGCUCCUGAGGCGGCGGCUGCAGCUGAGUGCCGCACCCCCCACGGGGGACGAGGUGACAGCAGCCGGGGAGGAUCUGGACCUGGACCGCGCUCCCGAUGCCUCGCUCACCUCUAGCAUCCUCUCGGGGGCGUCACUGACAGACUCGACGAGCAGCGCCACCCUCUCCAUCCCGGACGUGCGAAUAACCCAGCACUUCUCCACAGAAGAAAUCGAGGAUGAGUAUGUGACGGACUACACGAGAGAAAUCCAAGAGAUCAUUGCCCAUGAGUCCCUGAUCCUGACCUGCGUGGAGAGCGCAGCCCCACUGCCACCCUCGGACUCACCCUCACCCUCACUUGCAUCCUCACUGUCCUCACUGUGCACCACAGACAGCUCGUCACCUGCCGCCAGCCUGGAUGUGGCCUCCACUGAGCCCGGGACCCUGAUGGCCACGAGCGAGCCUUCCGUGGAACUCUCUUCAUGCACGUACCUCCCAGGCAGCGUCAUUGACUAUCCCGAGGAAAUAAGCAGACCCCUGGAGCAAGCUGUCUCCCUGGGAAGCAGGGAUGUUGCGGGUCCUGCUGUGACCUUAGCUGACAGGCCCCCUCCAGGCACAGAGCCGUUGGGCACCAAAGUGGCUUGGACUGUGUCUGAAGAAGAGCCAUUGGGCAAAGCUCAGAAGGAAACCGACAGUGGGAUUAUUCUGGAAGUAUUAGAAGCUUACAGAGAUGAAAGGAAGGAGUCUGAGGCCGAAGCAAGACAAGCAAGCUUAUCGGAAGCUGUGUCUGGCCAACCCAUCACCCCUGCUCCUACAGUGCCCACCCUGCUGAAGGAGCAGCCAGUAUCUGCACGCUUCGAAUCCAGGGAGGUCCUGCGGCAAGGAGGCCCACCUUCGCAGUUACCGCUAGGCAGUCACUCUGUGUCCUUCCCCAUAGUUGCUGCUUCCCAGGCUCCAGCUACCACAGGGCCACCGCUGGCUGAUACUGUCACUUCCACAGCGGUUGAAGCUGUCCCCAAAAUGGAUGGUUUACCUGCAGCAAAGCUGUGCACUGCCAUACCCCCUCCAGUCCCUCCAAAGCCUGCCUCCAUUCCAUCUGGACUCGUAUUCACGCACAGACCUGAGCCCAGCAAACCACCCAUUGCCCCCAAACCAACAGUUCCUCAGCUCCCAGGAGCUGCGCAGAAACCGAGGGACACACAGCCUAAACCAACAGGCCCACUGUCAGCUUCUGGCAUGAUCUUGAGUCUAGAGACAUCUGUGGAUUAUACCUUACCUUCCCCCACCUCCCCACUAUCCCCCCACUCUAACAAAUCCUCACCAAGGUUUGCCAAAUCCCUCAUGGAGACUUACGUGGUUAUUACACUGCCUUCAGAACCCGGGACGCCCACUGAGUCCACAGCUAGCCAGGCAGUUACCAGUUGGCCCCUGGGGGAACCCCCACUGGAGCUGGUUUCCUCUGAACCCGUGUUUUCAGUACCCCCUAUGAGUGCUACAGAAGUCCCAGGUUCUCAACCAGCCCUGUGUCUCUCAGGAGCUUCAGAGGCCUUCUCAGCUGCCCCUGUGGUAAUGCUGUCAUCAUUUCAAGGACCUCCCAUGUCAGGUCCACAGUUUCUUCCAAGCGAGGUCUAUAAGGCAGAGGCUCCAGCAGCCAGACGUACCCUUCCCAGUGCUGGUGCUGGCAGUGUUUCCAUACCAAUUCCUCCAGAGCCUCUUGCUCUAGAUAACCUACACUUAGAGAAGCACAAGGAAAAUGGAAAGCUGCCACUUGUUGGUGAUGCCAUUGAUUUGCGUACCAUACCCAAAGUAGAUGUGGAAGCAACUGAAAAAUGCAUGGAUCUUUCUGCAUCUGCAGUGGAUGUGAAAAGACAGGCCAUGGUGAAUGACGUUUAUGGGAGACAAAUAAGUGCCAUUCAGCCUUCUGUCAUCAAUCUCAGUGCAGCGUCAGGGGUGGCUCCAGUCUCCCUGGAGCCUGAGACAGCGACAGUUGUAGCAUGCACAACUACUACUAGUUAUACCUCAGGCAUAGAAAGCCUGCUGAGCAUAGAACAUGUGACUCCAACCCCACUGCAGCUCACCACAUCAAAGCAUGCUGAGCCCCCAUACAUGCUACCUGGGGGCCAGGCCUUCCCAGCACUUAGGGAGGAAGCACCAAUAAAUUUGUCUCUAGGUCCUUGUGCACAUGCAGUCACAUUGGCUGUUGCAAAGCCUGUCACUGCUCCUCCUGUUGGAGUCACAAAUGGAUGGACAGAUAGCACGACCUCCCAGGCAGUCCCAGAUGGGGAAGUGGUGGAUCUCAGCACAACAAAGUCUCACAGAACUGUUGUAACCAUGGAUGACUCUACUUCAGGUGUGGUGACCAAAAUAAUAGAAGAUGAUGAGAAACCUGUUGAUUUGACUGCAGGAAGAAGGGCCGUGUGCUGUGACAUGGUCUAUAAGUUCCCUUUCGGGAGGAGCUGUGCAACCCAGCAGCCUGCAACCACUCUUCCUGAGGAUCGCUUCGGAUAUAGGGAUGACCACUAUCAGUAUGACAGGUCUGGGCCAUAUCCUUAUAGAGGGAUUGGUGGAAUGAAAGCCUCUAUGUCCGACACUAAUUUAGCAGAAGCUGGACAUUUUUUCUAUAAAAGUAAGAAUGCUUUUGAUUAUUCUGGAGGUUCUGAUGCAGCAGUAGAUCUAACUUCAGGGAGAAUAUCCACAGGUGAGGUAAUGGAUUAUUCAAGCAAGACUACAGGUCCGUAUCCAGAAACACGACAAGUCAUUUCAGGAGUUGGGAUUAACACUCCGCAGUAUUCCACAGCAAGAAUGACUCCACCACCAGGACCCCAGUAUGGUGCGGGCAGUGUUUUGCGGUCAUCUAAUGGUGUUGUGUAUUCUUCAGUAGCAACUCCUAUCCCCUCGACCUUUGCUAUCACCACACAGCCAGGUUCCAUUUUCAGCACGACUGUAAGGGAUCUGUCUGGUAUUCACACGACCGACUCAGUGACUUCAUUGUCUGCCCUGCACCAGGGCCAGCCCAUGCCCAGAUCCUAUUUCAUAACCACAGGUGCAUCUGAAACCGACAUUGCAGUAACUGGGGCUGACAUCAGUGCCAGUUUGCAGACAAUUACUAUGGAAGCUCUGGCUGCAGAGGUAAUUGACUCCGUUCCCACUUUGACCACAGCAUCUGAAAUGUUCACUCAAGUGGUAGGAGAUGAAGGCACUCUUUUAAUUGUCCCUGAGGAAGAUAAGCAACAGCAGCAACUUGACUUGGAGCGUGAGCUCUUGGAACUGGAGAAGAUCAAGCAACAGCGCUUCGCUGAGGAACUGGAGUGGGAGCGUCAGGAAAUCCAAAGGUUCCGAGAACAGGAAAAGAUCAUGGUUCAGAAAAAGCUGGAGGAGCUGCAGUCUAUGAAGCAGCACCUACUCUACCAGCAGGAGGAAGAGCGUCAGGCCCAGCUCAUGAUGAGGCAGGAGACCCUGGCUCAACAGCAGCUGCAGCUGGAGCAAAUCCAGCAGCUGCAGCAGCAGCUUCACCAGCAGCUGGAGGAGCAGAAGAUCCGCCAGAUCUAUCAGUACAACUAUGACCCUUCUGGAACGGCUUCUCCCCAGGCACCUGCAGAGCAGGCUAUCCUGGAAGGUCAAUAUGCAGCCCCUGAAGGCUCUCAGUUCUGGGCCCCGGAGGAUGCAACCACAACAGCCUCUGCAGUGGUGGCCAUUGAGAUCCCUCAGAGCCAGGGCUGGUACACGGUGCAGUCUGAUGGGGUCACCCAGUACAUCGCCCCGCCUGGCAUCCUGAGCACUGUUUCUGAGAUUCCUCUGACCGAUGUUGUUGUCAAAGAGGAAAAGCAGCCGAAAAAGAGAAGCUCUGGAGCCAAAGUGCGGGGCCAAUAUGAGGAGCUAGGGGAAGGUGCCGGGGAAGAUCCCCGGGGUUUUAAAAAGAUCGUGGACAGUGGUGUCCAAACAGAUGAUGAGGAUGCCACUGACCGGAGCUAUGCCAGCAGGAGGAGGAGGGCCAAGAAGAGUGUGGACACCAGUGUCCAGACAGAUGAUGAGGACCAGGAUGAGUGGGAUGUGCCGACCAGGGCAAGGAGGAAAGCCCGCACGGGGAAGUACAGUGAUGGUGGUGCCGAGGCGGACAAAAGCAAAGCCCCCUCCAAAGUCGCCAGCAUUGCGGUCCAGACCGUGGCUGAGAUCUCUGUGCAGACUGAGCCUGUGGGAACCAUACGGACCCCUUCCAUACGAGCCCGAGUGGAUGCCAAGGUAGAGAUAAUUAAGCACAUUUCAGCACCUGAAAAGACUUACAAAGGGGGCAGUUUAGGAUGUCAAACAGAAGCAGAUUCAGACACACAGAGCCCUCAGUAUCUGAGUGCCACUUCUCCUCCCAAAGACAAGAAGCGCCCAACACCUUUAGAGAUUGGUUACUCAUGUCACCUCCGGGCAGACUCCACCCUGCAGCUGGCUCCUUCCCCACCCAAAUCUCCAAAAGUCCUUUACUCACCCAUCUCUCCACUCUCAUCAGGCAAAGCCUUAGAAUCAGCCUUUGUACCUUAUGAAAAGCCCCUCCCUGAUGAUAUCAGUCCACAGAAAGUACUGCAUCCUGACAUGGCCAAAGCUCCCCCAGCAAGUCCUAAGUCAGCCAAGAUGAUGCAGCGGUCUCUGUCUGACCCCAAGCCUCUGAGCCCAACUGCAGACGAGAGUUCCAGGGCUCCUUUUCAGUAUACCGAGGGCUUCACGACCAAAGGCUCCCAAACCAUGACUUCGUCUGGCUCCCAGAAGAAGGUGAAGAGAACGCUGCCCAACCCGCCGCCCGAGGAGGUGCCCGCGGGCUCCCCGGCCUCCUUUGGCGCCGGCGGCACGGCAACCCGCAGGCGGAUCUGCAGGACCAACACCAUGGCCCGCGCCAAGAUCCUGCAGGACAUCGACCGCGAGCUGGACCUCGUGGAGCGCGAGUCUGCGAAGCUCAGAAAGAAGCAGGCCGAGCUGGACGAGGAAGAGAAGGAGAUAGACGCCAAACUGCGCUACCUGGAGAUGGGCAUCAACCGCAGGAAGGAGGCCCUGCUAAAGGAGCGCGAGAAGCGCGAGCGCGCCUACCUGCAGGGUGUGGCGGAGGACCGUGACUACAUGUCGGACAGCGAGGUCAGCUCCACCAGGCCUGCCCGCGCCGAGAGCCCGCUGGGCGCCGAGCGGCCCAGGACUGCCCCGCAGGCAGACUUCAGCCCAGCCGAGCCCCAGCUGGCGCAGCCCGCUGGCGCCUACGCGCAGUUCCCGUUCUCCAGCCCUGCUCCACCCACCCAGGCGCCUGCACCCUAUACGCAGCCCGCGUCCUUCCAGCCGCAGACGCUGUUCCACCAGCAGGCCACCCCCUACCAGACGCAGCCGGCUUUCCAGGCCGUGGCCACCAUGACUUUCGCGCCACAGGCUCAGCCGGCGCCCAGCCCGCAGCCGUCCUUCCAGCUCCCAUCCCCAAUGGUGGUGAUCCAGCCCAAGCCGCGCCAGGCCGCUCUGUACCUGGAGCCCAAAGUCACUGCCAGCUACGAGGUGAUCCGCAGCCAGCCCCUGAUGAUUGCGCCUGCCUCCACCGACGGCUCGUACGCCGUGCCCCACCUGGGCAGUAAGUACAGCAGCCUGGACCUAAGACUGGGCCUGGAGGAGCGGGGCAGCAUGGCCAGCAGCCCCAUCUCCAGCAUCUCGGCCGAGUCCUUCUACGCAGACAUUGACCACCACACCUCGCGGAACUACGUCCUCAUCGACGACCUUGGGGAGAUCACCAAGGGAACUGCCUCACUCAGCACGGCCUUCAGCCUCCAUGACAAGGACCUGUCCAAGUCAGACCGGCUGCUGAGAGCCACAGAGCCGCGCAGGUCCCAGGAGGUGACAGACUUCCUCGCACCUCUGCAGCCCUCCUCCAGGUUGCACAGUUAUGUGAAGGCCGAGGAGGACCCCAUGGAGGACCCCUACGAGUUAAAGCUCCUGAAGCAUCAGAUUAAACAAGAGUUUCGCAGAGGGACAGAAAGCCUGGAUCACCUCGCUGGUCUCUCGCACUACUACCAUGGGGACACCAGCUACCGCCACUUCCCCAAGUCCGAGAAGUACAGCAUCAGCAGACUCACCCUUGAGAAGCAGGCGGCCAAGCAGCUGCCAGCAGCCAUACUGUACCAAAAGCAGUCAAAGCAUAAGAAGUCUCUGAUUGAUCCUAAAAUGUCCAAGUUUUCACCUAUUCAAGAAAGCAGAGACCUUGAACCUGACUAUUCGAGCUACAUGACUUCCAGCACUUUAUCUAUCGGUGGUAUUUCUUCUAGGGCAAGACUUCUUCAGGAUGACAUCACUUUUGGCCUCAGAAAAAAUAUUACAGAUCAACAAAAAUUCAUGGGGUCCUCCCUGGGCUCAGGCCUGGGCACUCUAGGUAAUACCAUUCGCUCAGCUUUGCAGGAGGAAGCAGACAAGCCCUAUAGCAGUGGCAGCAGGUCCAGACCCUCCUCCCGACCAUCCUCUGUCUACGGGCUUGACUUGUCAAUCAAAAGGGAUUCUUCCAGCUCAUCUCUAAGGCUGAAGGCACAGGAGGCUGAAGCCCUUGACAUUUCCUUUGGUCAUGCAUCCUCUUCGGCCAGAACUAAGCCCACCAGUCUACCAAUUAGCCAGAGCCGGGGAAGGAUCCCAAUUGUGGCCCAGAAUUCUGAAGAAGAAAGUCCCCUCAGUCCUGUGGGCCAACCCAUGGGAAUGGCCAGGGCGGCCGCUGGACCUCUGCCACCCAUAUCUGCAGAUACAAGGGACCAGUUUGGCUCCAGUCAUUCAUUGCCUGAAGUCCAGCAGCACAUGAGAGAGGAAUCACGAACUCGGGGGUAUGACAGGGACAUAGCGGCCUUCAUCAUGGAUGACUUCCAGCACGCCAUGUCGGACAGUGAAGCCUAUCACUUGCGUCGGGAGGAAACGGAUUGGUUUGAUAAACCCAGAGAAUCACGUUUGGAGAAUGGACAUCUGGACCGAAAACUGCCAGAAAGAUUGGUUCACUCGCGACCGCUCAGUCAGCAUCAGGAACAAAUCUUACAGAUGAACGGGAAGGCCGUGCACUACAUCUUCCCCCACGCCCGGAUAAAAAUAGCGAGAGACUCCAAGGAUCACACCGUCUCAGGUAAUGGAUUAGGAAUUAGGAUCGUGGGUGGUAAAGAAAUCCCUGGACAUGCUGGAGAAAUUGGAGCCUACAUUGCCAAGAUUCUUCCUGGGGGAAGUGCAGAACAGACAGGGAAGCUGGUGGAAGGGAUGCAAGUCCUGGAGUGGAAUGGAAUUUCCUUGAUGUCUAAAACCUAUGAAGAAGUACAGAGCAUCCUUAGUCAGCAGAGUGGGGAGGCAGAAAUAUGUGUAAGACUGGAUCUCAAUAUGCUCUCAGAUUCGGAAAAUUCCCAGCACCUGGAACUCCAUGAGCCACCCAGAGCCGUGGAUAAAGCCAAGUCCCCGGGGGUGGACCCCAAGCAGCUGGCCGCUGAGCUGCAGAAGGUCUCGCUGCAGCAGUCCCCGCUGGUGCUGGCAUCCGUCAUGGAGAAGGGGUCGCAUGGUCACUCGGGCCCCACAUCCGCAGGAUCCAGUUCUGUUCCCAGCCCUGGGCAGCCAGGGUCUCCAUCUGUGAGCAAAAAGAAACACAGCAGUAGCAGCAGCAGCAGCAGCAGCAAGCCGGGUGAUGCAACAAAGGCUGCCUCGCACCCGAUUACGGGAGAAAUCCAGCUUCAAAUCAACUAUGACCUUGGAAAUCUCAUAAUUCACGUUCUCCAAGCCAGAAACCUUGUGCCUCGAGACAACAAUGGUUACUCGGAUCCUUUCGUGAAGGUCUACCUUCUUCCCGGGCGAGGUCAAGUCAUGGUGGUCCAGAAUGCAAGUGCUGAGCACAAGAGAAGGACUAAAUAUGUCCAGAAAAGCCUUAAUCCUGAGUGGAAUCAAACGGUCAUUUAUAAAAGUAUUUCCAUGGAACAGCUCAAAAAGAAAACCCUGGAGGUGACUGUGUGGGAUUAUGACAGAUUUUCCUCCAACGACUUCCUCGGGGAGGUGCUGAUCGACCUGUCGAGCACAUCCCACCUGGAUAACACCCCGAGGUGGUAUCCACUCAAGGAGCAGACUGAGAGCAUCGACCACAGCAAGCCACACUCCAGCCAGGGCAGCCAGGCGUCCCCAAAGCCAUCUGUCAUCAAAAGCAGAAGCCAUGGCAUCUUCCCUGACCCAUCCAAGGCGGACAUGCAGGUUCCCACCAUGGAGAAGUCGCACAGCAGCCCCGGCAGCUCCAAGUCAUCCUCCGAAGGCCACCUGCGCUCCCACGGCCCAUCACGCAGCCAGAGCCGCGGCAGCGUCACCCAGGCGCAUCUAGAGGACGCAGGCGCAGCCAUCGCCGCCGCCGAGGCCGCAGUGCACCAGCGCCUCCCGACAACAAAGCCCAGCAACCCACGGCCUGCAGACAGCUCAGCAUCGACCGGCUCCUCGGGCAGCAGCUUUGGCAGUGGCUACAGUGUGGACAGCGAAGGCAGCGGCCCCGCUGGGGACACCAAUCUGUUCCCAGUGCCACGGAUAGGGAAGAUGGGGCAAAACGGACUGGAGCCUGUGAAGCAGCCGGCGGGAGGCGGAGGGCUAGCAGAUGCGGAGGCUAAAACUCAGGUCAUGGGAGAAAUCAAGAUUGCAUUGAAGAAAGAAAUGAAAACAGAUGGUGAACAACUAAUAGUGGAAAUUCUCCAAUGCAGAAAUAUAACCUACAAGUUUAAGUCUCCUGACCACUUACCAGAUUUGUAUGUGAAAAUAUAUGUGAUGAACAUCUCUACCCAAAAGAAGGUUAUCAAGAAAAAGACAAGAGUGUGUAGGCAUGAUCGAGAACCUUCCUUUAAUGAGACUUUCCGAUUCAGUCUGAGUCCCGCGGGGCAUUCACUUCAGAUUUUGCUUUUCUCCAAUGGAGGGAAGUUUAUGAAAAAGACCUUGAUCGGUGAAGCCUGUAUCUGGCUCGACAAAGUGGAUCUCAGAAAAAGAAUUGUCAACUGGCACAAACUCCUGGUCAGCCCCACCCAGACGCACUAGGGCCUGCGCGUGCUCAGCGACGGGCGCGGAGGAGUCGCCUCGAUCGACGCGGGCGGGCGGGCGGGCGAGCGGGACGCUGAUGCGCCAGCUGUCCUCAGGGCGAGCCAGGGCAGCAAGGCUGUUGCAACCCGGUGAACUCUCUGCCGCGGGAACCAGCAGAGACGCGAAUGGGCAGAAAACGAACCAACGCCGCCGAGCUCCGAGA